AUGUUUCUUCGAGGUUUAUUAGCCCUUUCUUUUGUAAGAGAAGUUCUCUCCUUAAGUACUAUAAGCUAUGAUUUCACACAAACUACAACUUCCAUAGUUUGUCCGACAUGCUAUACUGAGUCGAUACCAAGCACAUACAGUGUCACAACAACUGUAACGGAAACUACAGUGCUUACUUCAAGUGAUGUCACAACUGACACUGUCCGUGAAACGUUAACUACAACAUCAAUUUUAAUAGCUACUGAAACUGCCACUGAUAUCAUCAGUGUUUAUUCAACUGCCACAACAACACAAACGACAGUCGAAGUGUCUUCAGUGACAGAUACAAAAACUGUCUUUGAAACAUAUACCAUCACAGAUACUCAAACAAAUACAGUUACGGAUCAAAUUACUGAUACGGUUACUGAAACAGUAACCGCUACAAUCCCUCUUACAGAAACUGUCCUUGUCACAAGUACUCGUAUCACUUCAAUCACUGAGGACAUUUACAGGACGAUCACGGAUACAAAAACAACAAUUGUUCCUACGAUACAAACGAUUUAUGUUACAACUACUUACAUAUCCUCGUUUACCGAUGAUAUUUAUGCAACAUUAACCGACACAGUUACUGUUACUAAUAACGUUUAUGAAACACUCACAGACACGGUCAGGGUGACGGAUGAAGUCCAUGAAACAAUUACAGACACAACUACAACUAUAAUUCCUAAAACACAAACAGUUAAUGUUACGAAUACCUAUACUCAAUCUGUUACCGAUGAAAUUUACGACACUUUGACCAAUAUUGUUACAGUGACUGAUGAAAUUUAUGAGACAACUACAGCUACGAUUCUCGUCACACAAACAGUUAAUAUUACAGAUACCCAUACACAAUCCGUAACCACUGAAAUAUACAGCACUUUUACCAACACGGUCACGGUAACCGAUGAAAUCUACAAGACGGUGACCUCCACGGUCCCUGUGACAAACCUAAUAAAUAUUACCAGCACUGAUAGAGACCUAGUUACUAAUGAGGUUUACUACACGCUUACUGACACGGUCACGGUAACCGAUGAAAUCUACAAGACGGUGACCUCCACGGUCCCUGUGACAAACCUAAUAAAUAUUACCAGCACUGAUAGAGACCUAAUUACUAAUGAAGUUUACUAUACGCUUACUGACACUGUCACGGUAACGGAUGAGGUUUAUAAAACAAUUACUGAUACAUUAAUGGAUACAGCUACCAUCACGGUGCCUUUGACUCAAAAUAUCACCGAUAAUGUCCAUAAAACCGUUACAGAUGCUGUCACAAUUACAGUGACGAACAAUAUAUACGCCACAUUUACAGAUACAGUUACAAUCACUGAUGCACUUAACAAAACUCUCGUCGAUACUGUUGUCACCCAUAUUCCUGUGACAGAAACAUUCAAUGUAACCUCUACUCAGCUCUUCAAUGUCACAAGUACGGUUAUCGAGGUCUCGCAAGAAACGCUUACAACCGACGUGAUAGAUACAAUAACACUCAGAACUACUGACUAUCUAACUAUUGUGACAAGUACGACGGAUUUUUUUUCGGAUUGGUAUACUGCCACUAUCACUAGGGUACAAAAUGAAACUGAAACCAUCACAGAUACGUCAACUGAGCUCAUAACUAAAACGUCCGAGUAUCUUACGACUCUCGUUACCACUAGAACAACUGAUAUCUCUACUGUAGUAACUAACGUCGCUAUACUACCUAGAUUCUACAACGUAACUAAAACGGUCAAUGAGACUAGUAUCAAAACUAUUCCAGUCACUUCAACAGUCAAUUCUGUGAGAUAUACAACUGAAACAGAUGUUUUAACCGUUACUGACACUAUUGUUGAGACGGCAAGAAUAACUGAUAUUUCUAACGCGACAAGAAGAGAUGUUGUAACUGUCACUGACACUGCGGCUGAGACAGUAACAGUGGCCGGUAUCUGUAAUGUCACAGAAACGUUCGCCACAACAGAGACACUGAUGACCACUGUCCAGGUAAAUUCUACAGCUCUUGCAACUGCUACAGAGACAGAGACUUUGCUAAAAACAUACAAUAGAACAGUCACUAUUCCAUCAACCACUGAAAUCGUCAAAACAAAUGCUAUUAAUAUGACAGUCACAGAUGUUCUAACCUCAGUUUAUGAUUCUACCGCCGUGUACAAUACUACCUCUACAGCUACCAAUGUUAAAACCGCUACCAGUAUAGAAUUGGUUCAGAUUACCUCUGUAGUAACUGAUGUUGCUCUUGUGACAACGACUCUAACAGAAACGGAGAAACCUGCAUUGACACCAUUAGCUACUACAACAUACAGUACUAUUAUCCCAGUAACUCUUACAAGCACAACCGUAGUAACUAGUAUUGACGGAUAUAACCAGACUAUUACUUAUACAGAAAAUAUUGUCUCUUCACUACUUACUACCGUCACAGAUUCUCGAACAGAGAAUCACACAUCAGCUAGUCCAACCACCAGAAUAAUUACUUAUACCACUACAUCUACUAGAAUUUAUGAUACCACAUACACAUCUACGAUUACUCACAAUAUGGUUUCUAGUAGCGCUUGCCCAAGUAUCGAAUCAGGAAGUUCAGAUUCCCAUGUGGCUCAUAUAUAUAGCUCAGCCGGCUUCUCAAGCGAUCUUGAGCAAAUCUACACAAGUUAUCCAGGUGCACGCUCUGGAAGCAGCAUAAAAGCCAAGCUAACUUCUACAACUUCAUUGCCAAACGGUACAAUUUGUACUAGAGUUAGUUCUGGUGAAACGACUGCAUCUAUCGAUACUAAAAGGACGAAUGAACUUACAAAGGAAAGUACUCAGCCAGCUUCAGUAAUUCAAUUUUCAGCUUUGAUAACCGAGAGUAAAGGAAGUACUGCUAUGACUGGUCAACAAACUCCUAGCACUACUGAAACGCAUAGUAUCUCUACUACUACAAUAAGUUCAUCAAUGACUUCUCUCUCAGUUGCAUCUAGUGAACAUAUGGAGACAUCAAUUGCCUCAGAAGGCGGUACAAUCUCAACAAUUCCGUCAGAGGCAGAGACCGGUCAAGUAAGUCAAUAUACGAGCUCAACUGCUCCCAAGACAACAGGUGUAUCCAUCCUUACUCAAAGUGAUAACGGUGGCAUUAUAAAAAGAGGGAAUCUAUACUCAAUUUUCGUAAUUUUCAUAAUGAUGCUCAUCAAUUGA